GCAAAGAGUAACUAAUUAACGCUAAUAAUUGAACAUAAAUUUCCUCCAAACAUACGGAGCAUAAAAAUGAAAGGUUAUGUGCUAAUAAUAGUUGAACAUAAAUUUCCUGCAGGAAAUAUUCAUUCACAACCAAGAGUGGAGCUGGAAUUUCCUGCUGAAAAGAUUCAUUCGCAACCAAUUUACUUUCUGCAACACGGUUAUGUGCUAAUUUAUACUCAUCAUCUCAUUAUGGGUAUAUAUUAACUCAUCAAUGAAAACAUGUCUCCAAUCUAGUAAAGAUAGAAGAAGAUAAAAGUGGAGAGGGAAUAAAGCAUGUAUAAUAGAAAGACUAGCUAGCUAGCGAUGCACAAUAGGCCAUUUUUGAAUAGAUAAAAGCAUGGGUACCCUCACAAACAUAGGACACCUCCUUGUCCAACUCAAAGAGGAAGAAUUUCUUCCAAAGCCCUUUUAUGCUCUAUGGGUCCACAUUAAAGGGUUCAAUAAAAACUUGAUGUGUCCCCCUCUCAAUUAUUUCAAAACUCAAUUCAUCAAAAAAUAAAAAAUAAAAAAUAAAAACCUGUGUAAACUGUAAUAUGCAGCAAUAAUUCUCUACUCAUUUCAUAGCGAGAUAAGGUUGCGUACAUCUAGUCCUCUUAUAUUUCACGCGUCAACAUUUUCUCGACGUUAACUUUGAUUAUCGUAAAAAUCAACCCGAAAAUCGAAAAUAGCAUACCAGUGUACCGCAUAUGGCAAUACAUAAAAUAUCAUGAAAUGCAUGAACUUGAUACAAUGUCAAAUGACAAUCCAUCUCCAACCACAUAAAAACAAGAGUUAGGCACAAAGUUUCUUCUCAUGGCAAAACAUAACAAAACUUGAAACCUAAAUUUUCCUCCUUAACAAAUCAGUACAAUUUCGCCACUUCCUUUUGUAGUACCUACACACAAGCACUAGUAACCAAAAACAAAAUGUUUCUUGUGGUCCUCAUCCACUUCUUUCAACUUUUUCCCUUACACUAUCUAUUAUUUCAAGUACUAUAACUUGGCUUCACCAAAUCCCAUGACCAUUCACAUCUUAGUACUAAAAUGGAUACCAGAACUCUUGAACAAACCAAGCACGCAAUGAAAGAUAAAGCAAGCAUAGACUAUGAAGAAGAAUUAGAGGAUGAAAUGGAGGAAGAAGAUGGUGUUGGAGGUGGUGAUGACAAGAGGAAACCAGUUUAUGGGAGAAAAGGGUCCAGUAGUGGUGGUUGCGGUGGGGUGUCGCCACCUAGUUGUCAGGUGGAGAGGUGCACGGUUGAUUUGACCGAUGCAAAGCGAUACCAUAAGCGACAUAAGGUGUGUGAGGUUCAUGCCAAGUCACCUGCCGUGAUUGUUUCAGGGCUCAGGCAGCGGUUCUGUCAGCAAUGUAGCAGGUUCCAUGAGUUAUCGGAGUUCGAUGAAGCAAAACGAAGUUGUCGCAGGCGGUUGGCAGGACACAAUGAGCGAAGGAGGAAGAGCUCAACUGAAUCUUAUGGUGAAAACAACACAAGCCGCAAAGGUAGUACUCCUCCUCAGACCAAAGAAAGUCAGUGUUGGAACACUGAUGAAAUAAGUGGAUUCUAUAUGAACAUACCUCGAGGCAGCUCCAGUUACAACAGGCAUUCCCAUAUCAAAUAAGGUCAAAGGGUCUUUGAUCAUGUUUGAUGCUCACUCUCUUCUGUCAAUGUGUUAUUGCUUCCUUCAGUGCCCUGCAUCUACUAGAUUCCAAGAAAAUAAGUAUCAUAUUACAGGACCACCUUAAUAAGUCAGUAGUUCUGCUUCUGCUGUUUGUGGUGUCACAAACAUGGUUUCUAAAAAAGCAACUUCAUUACAUAUAUGAGCUCCGUAUUCACCUGCUAUAGCUUCUUCUGCUAUGAAUCUAUAUUUAAAUAUUUAGAGUGCAUUCAUUCCCUACAUUUUGACACUAUCAGAACUGCUUGUGACUAAGGAAAGACAAGGUUUGUGGUCUCUGUUAAUCACUGUCACAAAUUUCCUUUCACAACAUUUACACACAGUAUCCGAAAGUCCUCACAACCUGUCUGAAGGAAACAAAAAAGUUCUAAAUUAUAAUAUUAGAAGGAAACCAAGAAAGAGGCAGAAGAUAUAUCAAUAGCUCCUCUUAUUGGAGAUAAAAGGGUCUUGACUGGAAUUUACAAGAAGUGCAAAUUACAACCAUUGACAAAAGAAAAAUAUGAAACAGAGAAGACUACAGUAGACCACUUUGUUUGGUGUCUUUCAGAUGAU